CGCGCAGACGUUUGUCCCGGGCCGGGCCCAGCCAUGGCGGUGCUUCAUUACUACCAGCGCCCCGGGGCAGAGAGCGUCCCUGCCUCCCUGCUGCGCUCGGCCCAAGCUGUGCUGGGGGGCGUCCGCGCCCUGCACCGGGAGCUCUGCUACAACGUCAGCUGGACAGGCGUGUCGCCCCCCAGCCCCCAGGAGACCCAGCUGCUGCACUGGCUCUUUGGCUGCCCCUUGGAAUCCGGAGACGUUGCCGCGGACUCGUUCCUGCGCCCGACGCCCACCGACCUGCUGAUGGAGAUCGGGCCGCGGCUGAGCUUCUCCACGCCGUUCUCCACCAACGUGGUGUCCGUGUGCCGGGCCGUGGGGCUGGGCUGCGUGGACCGUGUCGAGCGCUCCCAUCGCUACCUGCUGCAGUGUGCCCGGUGCCCCACGCCCGCCGAGGAGGCUGCGCUGGAGGCGGUGCUCAGUGACCGGAUGACGGAGCAGCGCUACCAGGAGCCGAUCCGCAGCUUCGCCGUGGCCGCCCGUCCUGCCCCCACCUGGCAGGUGGAUGUGCUGGGGGGGGGCCGCACCGCGCUGGAGAGAGCCAGCCAGGAGCUGGGCCUGGCCUUCGACUCCUGGGACCUGGAUUUCUACACCGAGCUCUUCAAGAGAUUCGGGCGCAACCCGACCAGCGUGGAGUGCUUCGACCUGGCCCAGUCCAACAGCGAGCACAGCCGACACUGGUUCUUCAAAGGGCGCCUCCUGGUGGACGGGAAGGAGCUUGCAGAGUCGCUGUUCGCGUCCAUCAUGCGCACCCAGGAGAGCAGCAACCCCAACAACGUCAUCAAAUUCUCAGACAACAGCAGUGCUGGGCGAGGGCACCGGGCAAGGGGUCCCCGUAUACACAGCCCCCAUGCCCCACCCCAGAGCUGGCUGCAUCUGUACUCAGGGGGGUGUCCGCUCGCUCUCACCCCCAUCUCCUCCCCAGGGGUGGCCCCAUUCAGCGGCGCCACGACGGGAACAGGCGGGCGGAUCCGGGACGUGCAGUGCACGGGGCGUGGGGCCCACGUCAUCGCCGGCACGGCCGGGUACAGCUUCGGAAACCUGCACAUCCCUGGCUACGCUCUGCCCUGGGAGGACCCGGCGUUGCCCUACCCCCAGGAGUACGCCCACCCCUUGCAGGUGGCGCUCAGGGCCAGCGAUGGAGCCUCGGACUACGGCAAUAAAUUCGGGGAACCUGUCCUGGCCGGGUUCUCCCGUUCCUUCGGCCAGCGGCUCCCCGACGGGCAGCGCCGCGAGUGGAUCAAGCCCAUCAUGUUCAGCGGGGGGAUCGGCGCCAUGGAGGACAUUCACGUGCGCAAGGAGCCCCCCGAGCCUGGGAUGCAGGUGGUGAAAGUAGGGGGCCCCGUGUACCGGAUCGGAGUCGGGGGGAGCUCAGCCUCCUCCAUCCAGGUGCAGGGGGACAAUGCCAGCGAGCUGGAUUUUGGGGCGGUGCAGCGGGGGGACCCCGAGAUGGAGCAGAAGAUGAACCGGGUGCUGCGGGGCUGCGUGGAGAGAGGGAAGACCAACCCCAUCUGCAGCCUGCACGACCAGGGGGCCGGGGGCAACGGGAACGUGCUGAAGGAGCUGAGUGACCCAGCCGGGGCCGUGAUCUAUGCCAGCCGCUUCCAGCUGGGGGACCCCACGCUGAGCGUGCUGGAGAUCUGGGGGGCCGAGUACCAGGAGUCCAACGCCCUCCUGCUGCGCCCCACUGAUGCUGAGCUGCUGCAGCGCCUGGGCCAGCGUGAACGCUGCCCCGUGGACAUCGUGGGGACCAUCACCGGGGACGGACAGGUACGGGUGCCGGGGCACAGGGCAGGGUUGAGCCCAGCGAUGGGGGGCUGCGGGGGGACCGGGAGAAUCUCCACUACCUCACAUCCUGCCCCUCCCCGACCCCACGUCUCUGCCGAAGUCCCAUGGGGGGUGAUGCCCCCUCCGGCCCCAGCUCUCUGUCCCCCCAGCCUGCAGGGUUCCUGCCGCCUGAGCCGUGUCCCCCUGUGGCAGGUGGACCGGUCGGUGACGGGGCUGGUGGCCCAGCAGCAGUGCGUGGGGCCCCUGCACACCCCCCUGGCCGACGUGGCCGUGGUGGCUCUGUCCCCCUUCGAAACGGUGGGGGCGGCCACGGCCCUCGGGGAGCAGCCGCUCAAGGGACUGAUCGACCCAGGCGCGGGGGCCCGGCUGGCCGUGGGCGAGGCGCUCACCAACCUGGUCUUCGCCCGCGUCACCGACCUGCGAGACGUGAAGUGCAGCGGGAACUGGAUGUGGGCGGCCAAGCAGGCGGGCGAGGGGGCGGCGCUGGUGGACGCCUGUGGGGCCAUGUGCGACGUCAUGGCCCAGCUGGGGGUGGCCGUGGACGGGGGCAAGGACUCGCUCAGCAUGGCAGCCCGCGUGGGCACAGACAUCGUCAUGGCGCCCGGGACAUUGGUCAUCUCAGCCUACGCCGUGUGUCCGGACAUCACGGCCACCGUCACACCCGACCUCAAGUGCCCUGAUGGCAAAGAGUCGGUGCUGAGUGCGGGGCACGACGUGAGCGACGGGGGGCUGGUGACCUGCCUGCUGGAAAUGGCCUUUGCCGGGAACUGUGGGCUGCAGGUGGAGCUGGUGGCACCCGGCGCCAGCGGUGAGUGGGGGGCCCUGCCCCGAACCCCACAAUCUGGUGGUAACUGGGGGCCCCCGCACCCCACCCCAGAGGCAGCUGAAUCUCAGCACUGGGUGAGGGGUCCCUGUAUACACAGCCCUUGUGCCCCAUCCUAUUUCACAAAUAUGAUGGCCUGUUCUGGGGGCUGUCCCACGGGGGGGUCUGCCCGUCUCAGCCCCUUUUCCUCUGCCCCAGGUUGCAUGCGGUUCCACUCACCCAAGGUGCUGGCUGCAGUGACGUCGGGGGGCCUGGCCCCACUGCGCUACGUGGAUGACCAGGGCCAGCCCACCCAGGAGUAUCCCCUGAACCCCAACGGCUCCCCGCUGGGCAUCGCCGGGCUCUGCUCGCCCGACGGGCGCCACUUGGCCAUGAUGCCCCACCCCGAGCGCUGCGUCCUGCCCUGGCAGUGGCCCUGGAUGCCGCCCGCCUGGCGCCGCACUGUGGAGGUCUCGCCCUGGCUGCGCAUGUUCCAGAACGCCUGCGAGUGGUGCCUGCGCCACCCCGAGGGGGAGUCCUGACUACGGAGCCCGGGCACCCGCCGGGGCUCAGAGCCAAAGGGCCCGAAGUUCCCACGGGAUUUAGUUCCCGGCUCGGACCAGAGACACACAGAUGCUGCUGCUCGUCUAUAUGUGCAAAGGAAAAACUCGUUUUUAAAGUGGCCCUUGGUC